AUGCCAAUUUCCCAAUUAUAUCCAAACACCCAUCCAGUUGUACCAAUCAAAGCCUGCAACCCCAAGAACAACGACACUGGAUCCAAACCCAAGGCCAGUCCCCAGCUGAACCGGUGGUCCAGGGCCCGUGCAAUACGUUCCGGUCGAAAACUGGACCGCUCUAGUUCACGAACCCAAACCCAAACCCUAGAACCCAACCAAUCUCCACCUACGGUUUCCUUAGAUGUUGAUUCAGAUGACGCCGUUAGUGAAGACGGUUCAGAGUUUAUGGCCAAAUCCAUUUAUAUUGUCUCCGAUGGAACCGGUUGGACCGCUGAACACUCCGUCACCGCCGCUUUGGGACAGUUCGAUUACUGCUUGGUUGAUCGUGGCUGCCCCGUUAGUACCCAUUUGUUUUCUGGGGUUGAUGACGUGGAAAGGUUAUUGGAGAUAAUAAAGCAAGCAGUGAAAGAAAAUGCAUUGCUUGUGUAUACAUUAGCUGAUUCUUCAUUGUCUUCUGCCGCUGAGAAGGCCUGCAAAUUAUGGGGUGUGCCUUCUACGAAUGUACUCGGACCCAUUACGGAGGCCAUUGCUUCUCAUUUGGGCGCAUCUCCAUCUGGCCUUCCUCGCGGAGCUUCUCGCGUUCCGCUUUCCGAUGAUUACUUUCGUAGGAUUGAAGCUAUUGAAUUCACUAUCAAGCAAGAUGAUGGGGCAUCUCCACAGAAUCUUGCAAAGGCGGAUAUUGUGCUUACCGGGGUUUCACGCACCGGGAAGACGCCUUUGUCUAUUUAUCUUGCUCAGAAAGGGUAUAAGGUCGCUAAUGUACCGAUUGUGAUGGGUCUAGAUAUGCCCAAGACUCUCUCUCAGGUUGAUCCAAAGAAGGUUUUUGGGUUGACUAUAAAUCAGAGUGUCUUACAGGAGAUCAGAAGAACAAGGGCUAAAACUAUGGGAUUGAGUUCACAAUCAAGGACUAAUUACUCGGAGAUGGAUUAUAUCCGAGAGGAACUUGAAUUUGCAGGAAAGCUCUUUGCUCAGAACCCUGUCUGGCCGGUUAUUGAUGUGACUGCAAAAGCCAUAGAAGAAACUGCAGCAGUUGUAUUGAGGCUGUUCCAUGACCGGAAGCAUAAGUGCACAAUGUCUAGGAUCUCAAAACGCUAUUAG